AGAUGUAUUAACCUGUGUUGGUACUAUCUGAUGUAGAUCACUGAUAAGCAGACCGCCAAGACACACGACCACUUGCAACACAGCCAUCUGAAAAGAACUGGGCUUCUUCCAUUAAGCCUAACUGAAGUGCAAAUGAUAGGGUUUAGGCUGGGGACUCUUAUUUUGAUAUGCUUGCAUAGCUAGGUGGACAAGGGAGUACAUCAGAUGUCAUUAUCUGGCAGCAGAUAAAAGUCCUUGGUCUUAUAAUACUAAGCAGAGUGCUACUAUGAUUACAGUCCGUGUCAGGGAAUGACGAUCCCUUCCGCAAAAUAUUGGUUAAAGCCCAGGUGACAACUUCUGUAGGAAUAAUCCACAUCGAGACAGCCCCUUUCCAUCGAGGUAGGGAUUCCAUUCUACCCAGGAACCUAGCCAAGAAAGUUUUUGGGGCCUAUCAUCUAAUUUUUACCAGCCACCAACCCAAAGCCCACUGUCACCUACAAAAAGCCAGGACAAUCACGAAACCUCCCCUAUGAGUGUCAAUAAUCUCCCAUCCAGGUCCUCUGUGUACCAACCAAGCAUGUUUAACUACGAGCGUCCAAAACAUUUUAUCCAGUCUCAGAAUACGUGUCAAGGGAAACUGCAGCCUCCGGGACCCAAGACAUCUGCAUUUUCAAGCAGUCAGACCAAACAGUCAUCAAUUCUAAUCCAGCCUCGUAACUCUAGCGAGCAGAAGUUUUCUUCAUCUUCAUCGCUGAGCUCCCCAAUCUUUCUCUCCUCGUCUUCCCAUAGCUCCCAUAAGGAAUCUGCAUUUCCCAUCACACCUGCAUCUGCACCGUCUCCUGCUGCCUCCUCAUCUGGGCAAAGGCUUUCAUCCAUGCAUAACCAGUCCCCUGCAGCAUUCCUCUGCUCAGUGUUGCCCUCGCAGUCUGAUUAUAAUAGCCAAGCUCCUUCUACUGUGGAAUCUAAUUACACAAAGCCAAUGUAUACCAAACAAGCUAGCACCAAGCCAACAUACAAGUCCUCAGAACGAGAGAUACAAGGAACAAAAGAAGCCCUCAUUCAAGACCUGGAAAGGAAACUGCGAGGCAAAGACAACCUUCUUCAUAAUGGAAACCAGCGGCUAACCUAUGAAGAGAGAAUGGCUCGCAGGCUGCUUGGACCAGAAAAUGCUGCUUCUGUGCUUGUAACUCAAAAUGAAGAAAAUUUGCAGAACUCACAGCAGCAGAAUUCAGAAAACACAAGACUACAGGUUCCUACGCCACAAAUCAGGAGCAGACCAUCCUCAAGAGGAGAGUGGAAGGAGCAUGGCUCAAUCCAGGAGAAGUUUUUUCAACCACGGUUUGUCCAAGUGCCUGAAGACAAAAUGACUGUUGAAGAGGGACGAUUUUGCAGGAUUGACUUCAAAGUCAGUGGGCUACCAGCUCCAGAUCUGGUAUGGUAUUUAAAUGGAAGGUUGGUCCACCCAGAUGACUUUCAUAAAAUGAUAGUGUCUGAAAAGGGCUUUUACUCACUCAUUUUUGAAGUGGUCAGAGGCUCUGAUGCAGGAACAUAUGAAUGUGUAGCCUCCAAUCGUGCUGGAGAAGCCUCCUUUACAGUACAACUGGAUGUAACUGCAAAGGAACAGCAGAAAGCUCCAAGUUUUAUCUUCAAACCACAAAGCAAAAAAGUUUAUGAAGGGGAUUCAGCCAGACUGGAAUGUCAGAUUUCUGCUAUCCCUACACCACGGAUUUACUGGAAAAGAAACAAUGAAAUGCUACAAUAUAAUACGGACCGAAUAAGUUUGUUCUAUGAUAAUCCUGGAAAGAUUUGCCUCCUAAUCCACAACGUAAAUAAGAAAGAUGCCGGUUGGUACACAGUAUCUGCAGUCAACGAGGCAGGAGUGGCCACAUGCCACUGCAGACUGGAUGUUGCAAGUAAGUGUAUAAAUGUCAAACUAGAACUUGUAUUAUGAGCUAAUGUGAUGGGUAGGAAUGGGACUUCCCCCUCAUUCAGAACAGAUCUGAGCAAAGAUCCAAUCAAGUUGUAAGUACUAGAUGGACACGUGUUCCCAAAGAUACUAUCAGACCUGCAAUACCCCAUAAAUAACUACUCAAAGCAGCCAAAGAAACGUCCCCAUUAACAGAGCACCCAAAUACACUGGGGAUGGGUACUUCACAAAUUGCAAUAUUCUGUCACCACCACUCUCUGUGCAUUUUUGUUUUUAAAUUAUCCCUAAUUCCCUUGGUAUCAAGGGGGAGGCGGGUGGGAGGCGACUAUGAUCCCCUCCAACUUCCCCAUUAGUCUUCAAUGUCUGAGAGCUAGGGCCUGCAGGUGAGCUCUCCCUCAAGGGCCUAUUCAGUUGUGCAAAGGACAACAACAGUUAACAAUUGAAACUUGGAAAUGGCAGAGAUGCUUAAUGACUUCUUUGUUUCGGUCUUCACCGAGAA